GGACUUUAAAAUGGACUUGACUGAUAUUUGUGAAAACUAUCUUUGGAGAACUGAUGAAAAACCUUAACCUCCUGAUAAGAAUGUUUGUCACUCCUCUAGGACAUUAAAGCUGCUUCCGCUACUCAGUGGGGGUAUCAAUGGAAAAAGGAUCAAAAACAGAAAAAAUGAUUAUCUCUUAUUAGCUCCUGAUAGGAAACAAUAACUCCCACCCCCUUUUCAGAUAAUAGUGUUUCUUUUCCAAACCAACUUUUGCAUCACAAAUUUAAGGAUAUAUUUUUAAAACAUGAAAUAUGAAUUCCCCCAUCUCUCCUUGGUGGCAAGACUCGUGACAGAUAAGCAAAGCAAAACUCAUCUCUGCCACUUCACUAUAUAGUUAUAGCACUUCAUGCAGAAUUUCCCCAGUGCAGAAUAAAUCUGGUUUACGGAACUCAAAAGACCCCCAAAAUUCAAGAUAGGUGUUGAGCGAAAGACAAACUAUCAACUCCCUAUUCUUUGUGUAGAGAACAACUGCUUCAGCUCACAGGUGCCAUAGAAAAGUAGCAAGACUUUAUGCCUUACUAUAUUCUGUAUUUAUUAUUGGGAUAAGAGGAGAGUUAUAUGGGUUUUUAUUGGUUCAGGUGACAUUUCUUGGUUUAGGAUGCUGUAUACUUUUUGCAAUUUAAUCUCAGGCAGGCAAAUAUAUUGGGCUGCUCCCAUGGCUUAAUGCUAGGCUAAAUUAUGUAUCAUUUCCUGCGAUUUGGGGGAAUGAGUGUUAUAAAGAAUAGAUUGUUAUGUGCUGGAGACCUCUGUCUUUUAUCUUUUUUCUUUUGAUUUGUAGAUGUCCUUGAAGCAGAUAGUACAUUAUCUAAUAUAGUUAGCAGAAGACAUGGAUGUAAUUAAUUCUUCUGAAUCUUAUCUUGGUUUAUGCAUUCAAAGUUUUCCCCGGGGAAUUUAGUUCUUUAUCUUCACCUGUUUCUCUUGUUUAAACCAUCAAGUGGCUGUGACCUUUGAUUAAAUGUAGCCAAUUGUGUUGAAUGUCUCAUGACUGGUGUGUACUUUGAGCUGUACCAGAAAUAUAAAUACAGUACUGAAAACGGCAACUGGGAGCAGAGAAAGACCCAUUACCCAAGGCAGUAUGUGGAUUUUAAUUCUCCUUGCUGGUCUGGAACUUUGUUGGGCUCAGUAUAAUCCAAAUACGUUGCCUGGAAGAACAUCUAUCGUUCACCUCUUUGAAUGGCGUUGGAAUGACAUUGCUCUUGAAUGCGAACGUUACUUAGCACCUCAUGGAUUUGGUGGAGUUCAGAUCUCUCCUCCAAAUGAAAACCUUGUCGUUACAACACGGUGGAGACCAUGGUGGGAAAGAUACCAACCGGUCAGCUACAAGCUCUGUACACGAUCUGGAAAUGAGACUGAAUUUAAAGACAUGGUGAACAGAUGUAACAAAGUUGGGGUAUACAUUUAUGUGGAUACUGUUGUCAACCACAUGUGUGGAGCUGCUGCUGGAUCUGGCCACCAUUCUACAUGUGGAAGCUACUUUGAUUCACACAAGCACGAUUUUCCUGCUGUACCAUACUCUGGAUGGGAUUUCAAUGACUGGAAAUGCAGAACCGCCAGUGGAGAGAUAGAAAAUUACAAUGAUCCUGACCAGGUUCGGAACUGUCGCCUUGUUAGUCUUCUUGAUCUUGCACUAGAGAAGGAUUAUGUGCGUUCCAAAGUUGCGGAAUAUAUGAAUCACCUAAUUGACAUUGGUGUAGCAGGAUUUCGCAUAGAUGCUGCCAAGCACAUGUGGCCUGGGGAUAUGAAAGCCUUUUUAGACAAACUAAAACAUCUCAACACGAAAUGGUUUGCUGAAGGGACAAGGCCAUUCAUCUUCCAAGAGGUGAUUGAUCAAGGUGGGGAGGCCAUUUCAUCCAGUGAGUACUUUGGAAACGGCCGAGUAACUGAAUUCAAAUAUGGUGCCAAACUAGGGACAGUCAUUCGCAAGUGGCAUGGAGAAAAGAUGUCUUAUUUGAAGAACUGGGGCGAAGGCUGGAGUUUUAUGCCUUCUGAUAAAGCUGUUGUCUUUGUGGAUAAUCAUGAUAACCAGAGAAGUCACGGAGGUGGUGGAGCUUCUAUUUUAACCUUCUGGGAUUCCAGGCUCUAUAAAAUGGGAGUUGGCUUCAUGCUUGCACAUCCAUAUGGCUUUACAAGGAUCAUGUCAAGUUUCAGCUGGCCAAGAUAUUUUGAAAAUGGAGAGGAUAUUAAUUCCUGGGUUGGUCCCCCAAGUUAUGAAGAUGGAUCAAUUAAGUCUGUAACAAUUAAUCCAGACACUACCUGUGGCAAUGGCUGGAUCUGUGAACAUCGGUGGCGUCAAAUAAGGAAUAUGGUUAUUUUCCGCAAUGUUGUGGAUGGGCAACCAUUUACCAAUUGGUGGGAUAACAACAGCAAUCAAGUGGCAUUUGGUCGUGGUAACCAGGGAUUUAUUGUCUUCAAUAAUGAUGACUGGAAUCUGAUUGCCACGUUACAAACUGGCCUUCCUAAAGGAAUUUACUGUGAUAUUAUAUCUGGACAGAAGGAGGGUAAUAAUACCUGUACCGGAAUUAAAAUCCAGGUCAAUGGAAAUGGCACUGCUGAUUUUAACAUUAGCAAUUUUGCUGAGGAUCCAUUUGUUGCCAUUCACGUCAAAGCUAAAUUAUAAUCUCAGUGAGAGAAACAUAUUUCAACAAUUUUGUUUUCCAAAGUAAUGGACAUCUUCAAAAAUCAUUUUUGUCUUCCAUUUGCUUUACUAAGAAAAGGUCUUUGCUCUUUGUUUUGUCCAUGGGUUUUUGUUACAUUUAGCCUGUUAAACGUAUCUCAAAUAACUUCAGGUGGCCAGUCCUGAGAGACAGCAUAAUGUAUAAAAUAGUCACAGCAUUUACUGUUCCAUCACAUGUUGAUCUUCAUCCCACCUCUGACCUCUGCAAUAUGGGGUCUCUCUCCAUAUCAGAUUAGUACCCAACUUUUUCAGCUCUGCAGAUCGGCAGCAGCAAUGGCAGCAGAGAAAAUGGUCUCCCGCAAGCAUCCAGGACCAGGGGUUGGGGAUCCUGCUAUACAUAACAUCACAGAAAAACCACUGUUUAAAAGUGGUUUCAGACAACCAUCUUCUGGUAACAAUAGUGCAAGAAUUUAUCCUAGAUCUAGAUUCAUCCCCCCCACCCAGUUGAAUCGGCCUACGUCUAGUUUAAU